CAACACGACGACGUGGCCACCGACGUCGACGUGCCCAAGGACGCCCCCGACGGCAACCCGCCCCAGGACAACUCGUAUGUGUCGCGCCGCUUCGAAUCGAUCCCCGUACAAAAGGACAGCGCGCCGGUCGAGGACCCCAUCGAUGCCAGGACGGCGGACACGGAUCAGCAGCUGGAACGAGACGAUGUCGAGGCCAUCGACAAGUCUAACAUCCUCAAGGGCAAGAGCAAGACCCGCCAUGCCAAGCCGGCCGGCUCGUACAAGGAGCCGAGCGAUGAGGAUAUGGGCUUGACGGAGUAG